AUGAGCUUUAAUUUACAUCCAAUAUCAUAUUUAGAUGCCGAUACGAAUGCAGGGAGACCUGGAAACGACCAGGGAGCCGGUAAUGGACAUGGACAUGGCUCCGGACAUGAACAUGGAAAUGGGUACAGAAUGUUUGAUUCUGACCUCAAUUUGGACAUAGAUGGAAUUUCGACCGGAUCGCCGCUUACGAGCUCACAGAGCACAAACGACUCGCCACAGUCGUCAUUUACGUCGCAAUCGAGCGAAAACUCGCCGCACCAGAAGGGUGAGUACAUGAAGUUCUUUGGAGAGGGAGCUAAGGACAGCCGUGGAUUGGGAUUUGGUGAAGGUAACUACGACGUUCCCACGAUGAGAGUAGAAGACGAGGGGAGCAUGGAGACUAAAAGAGCGGAUGAAGACGCAACAAACGGGGUAGACAGAGACGAUGGAAAUGUCAAGCCAAAGAAGAUAUACCGCAAGGUGAAGGAUGAGGAUAUGAAGGGGCCAUUUAAGUGUCAUUGGAAUGAUUGUGCUGUUAUUUUUGACACGCCGGAGUUGUUGUACGAUCAUUUGUGUGACGACCAUGUCGGAAGAAAAUCGUCGAACAACUUGUCGUUGACAUGUUACUGGGAUAAUUGUUUGGUUACCACCGUGAAGAGGGACCAUAUCACGUCGCAUUUGAGGGUACAUGUUCCGCUCAAGCCGUUCCACUGUGAUGUGUGUCCUAAAUCGUUCAAGAGGCCUCAGGAUUUGAAAAAACACUCCAAGAUUCAUGCGGAUGACCAUCCUAAGAAAUUGAAGAAGGCCCAUCGCAGACAACAUGUGGAACACGAACACGAACACGAACAAGACCAGUAUUGUCAAACACACUUUCACAAUUCUCCCCACUCACAACCUCAACUGCAACCACAUCAAUUUCAGACCAUGCAACCUUAUCCAUUUGACAACAUGUUAAACUACGACAUAAAUUACCAGAUGUACCCUUCAAUGCAAUCGGAUAUUCCAAUGAUGAACGAUGGUGUAGACCGUAAGAGAAGAUUUGAUAACGGUAACAAUAACAUGGUCAAUAAUAUCUUGAAUGACUUCAAUUUCCAUAAUAUCUCAACUGUGGGUCCAGAUUACAGCAACAAGAAGGUUAAGGUCGAGCCAAGCUACAAUUUGGACAUGUUCAAUAAAUUGAACAGCUAUGACGAUCGUUACAUCCAGUUACAUCCUCACCAACACCAAGCACAAGUGCCACCACAUCAUUCUCAUCCGCAACAUCAACAGCAUCAACAACAUCAAUACCCUAAUAAUGUCAAUUCACAAAACUUACUUGAAGCUGAAAAAUUCUUCAAUUCGUUGUCUUCGUCGAUCGAUUUACAAUACCAAAAAUUAUCCACAAAUUACCAAUACAAACCACAACCGCAACAAUUAUAUCCUUCCGUUCCACAAAUUUCGAAGACAAAUGAUAAUAGCAUGGUCGGUCAUAAUGGAGGAGUUCCACCUAACUUUCCACAAGUCAAUAGAUCAUUCAACUAUCAAGCCAAUCAUCCAAUAUCAAUGGAAUUCGGUGGUGUCAGCAACUACCAAAAGUCAGCUAAACCAGUCGAGGAGGCUUCUCCUGACGAUAAAGAAACAGACGACGCCAUCGAAUCUCUCAGUAAAUUGUCAAUUAAUGAAUUUAAAUUGGACGAUGUUGCAAAGCAUAAGCAAAUGGUUGAUUCGGUUAUCGCUUACUUAGCAAACUUGAAGAAGACAACAGUUGCCAAUAAAGAGAUAGAAAGGAAAUUGUCUCCAAAAGACAAUUAUCUGGCGUCCCAAUUAUCUGAAAAGGAGGGCUUGCUGAGGAAUUUGUACCCAAAGAUUGCUUCAUUUUAA